AUGCCAAUUAAGCUCCCCAAGGGCUUUACCCGGCGAAAGUCGUCUGGAAAUGCUCUUGAGGAGGUGGAGAAUCCUCCUCCUCAGCCGUCCUUUCGAGUUUUUGAACGCCCGUCUGCGGACCGAAAAUCCUUGAGUGAAGGGAAUAUUUUCUCAAAAAGAUCAAAUGGUGGCCAAGUUCUGUACACUCCCACAGAAGAGGACGACAAUAUUUUCGCUGGAUCCGAGAAUUUACCACCAAAGCAUCGGAUCAUCAGAAAGUUCUUCAUCUAUCCGAUUCAGCUCAUCAUCGGCGCCGCGCUCUUUGACAGCCAUACCAAUUCAAUCCGACGCCCAAUCACCGCACUCUCGAAACCUCCACGACAUACCUAUUCCCCCUAUACCUGGUGCGCUACGCGCAGCGGCUGGCAGAACCUUCUCUUUUGGGGGAAGACUCUCAAAGGCCUCGCCUUCAAUCCCCCCGCUCGACAGUCCACCCCUGGCCCAUCCAGGAACAGGACGAUGACGUCCAGUACAGCCAGCACUGCAACACCACCAAAGCUGUUAGACGAUCUGGAUGUUGGUCAGCUUGGAGAUGAAUUUAAAAGUAUGUUUGAUGACCUCGGGAAGCGGGAUAGCGCACACAUUUCCGAGUCCACUUCUCCCGGGAAGUCGUUAGACAUGUCACCAUCUGCGCACCCCUCAUCCACGGCUUACCGGAAGGAAGAAAAAGUAUCGCGUCCGGCCCCUAUCAAUACGAAUGUGUCCAAGGAAAUAGAACCUUCCCCUUACUCCUGGGACAGUCGGCACUCCGGAGAGGGCCUUCUCAACGCUAUGCAGUCCCCCGCGGAGGACUCCCCGAUCAGUCAGCCAGGUGUGCCAGAAGGGCGGCGUAAAUCUCUUCCCUUGGCAACUGCUACGACUUCCCACCGGUCUCUGAUCAAGCCUCAGACGGGAGGAGACAGAGGACUGAGGAGAAGCGUCGUCUACUCGAUGAAACGGGGUUCUACGCCUAUCGAAGAUGAAGACGCUAAAUUAAUAAUGGACUCCCUUCAUUCAAGUAAAGUCUCCCAGCCCUUCAAAGUCACCCGCAGAAAUACGACGUCAAUCGCCUCCAGGGGGGAGAGCCAACUAGACCCUUCCAUUGCGGCGCACGCGCUACUGGCUGCCCAGUACGAGCAAAGCCAGCCGAAGCCCGGCGCAUCGACGAAUAAAGUCAUGACGCCUUCGCAAUUUGAGCAUUAUCGGCAGCAGCAAGAACUCAGGAGGUCGAACAGUGAUGCUUCCAGGAGUGAAGCCUCGGCUGAGAGUGACUUCGAUGAAGACGACGAGGUAGAGAAGAACCGGGAAGCUGAAAGGCAGCGACGGAAGCAGGAAGCUCAUCUAUCUGUAUAUAGACAGCAGAUGAUGAAAGUCACAGGCCAACAGUCUCCCGCACCACCGUCCCUUCGACCGGAACUUGACCACGCCAGCAAUAGUACGCCGAACCUGACGAUCAAUGCACCAAAUUCUGGCAACAGAUCGGGCAGCGGGAAGAGCAGCGAGGGUGAUGAGGACGAGGACAUCCCGCUAGGGAUCCUUGCUGCACAUGGCUUUCCACAUAGAAACCGCCCCCCAAGUCGCUUGGCACCUUCAAGUUCCAUUCCAAAUCUUCGGGCGUCGUUCCAGCAGCCCUAUCUUACCUGUCUUUGCUCGAAACCUCCCUCGGGAUCCGUACUACGGGGCAAGCUUAGUCAAUCCCCCAAACAGAGAGUCCUUGGCUUUUGGAGGGGGUGCGUCGGUGCAUGGGGGCCCUCUGCUUCGGCUGCAUUGCCUCCGGGUGGCUUGGUGGGCGUCAUCGCUACGGAAGAGCGAGCAAGAGCAUUGAGACGAGGGAGUCCCAAUACUCAAGCCGUUUAUGAGUUCCAGAACGGACUGGGAGCAUCAGGGGCACCCACCCCAUCGGGCGGCGUCCCAAGACCUUACACGAUGAUGGGUAUGAAUUCCCCUAACCUUCAGGCGGGAGUCUCUGCUACAGAACAGGCGCAGAUACAAUUGUCACAACAGAUGUCCCAAAUGAUGCAGGUGCAGAUGCAAUGGAUGCAGCAAAUGAUUUCCAUGCAAGGAGGGCAGACUCCGCCGCCGCAACCACUGAUGUCACCCGCGGGUUUUCCGCCAUCGUUGUCUGCCAAUGCGAAUUUGAGGCCUGCUUCCAUGCCUACAGCAGGACCGUUCAGUCCGGCUCCUCCUACCUUCAAUGACCAAAGAACUCUAAGUAUGCUGGACCCGAAUGUCUCUCGUCUCAAUGGCCCGGCGAUACCCUACCUUCCUGCUGGCAACCGACCGGGCACACCGCUAGGCCAAGGUUAUGCACCGUCUAUUGCGCCAUCAGAACGUAGCAAUGUCGGCAUGGCACCUCGGUAUCGGCCUGUAUCGACGUUGCAACCCGACCACGGAUCUGCGGCCUAUCCCUCGAUGGCCAGACAAUGGAAUGACGAAAACCAGAGAACAGCUUCCCCAGCAGGACCGCUCGCGAUGAAAAGUCCGUCGAUGCCAAGUGUGACCGUCCGUCCCGUCUCUACCGACGGAAGACCGCAAAAUGAAAGUAAGAACGCUGUGCUAGACGACGAGGAUGAAGAUGAAGGGUGGGCCGAAUUGUUGAAGAAACGCGAAAAGAAGAAAAGCAGUUGGAGAAUUAAGAAAGAAACGUCCAGUCACGGAGACUUACUGAAUGUGGUGCAUUGA